CGAGUGACAGCAAUCGGAAUAUUUCCAUCCUCUUUGCAUUGUUGCGUGCGUUGAAAUAUCGUUCACGUUUUUUAAAAGGAAAAUUGCAAAUGUGAAAAUAGAUCCGGUAAUUUCGAGUUGGUUCCAACCUUUCUAGGUGCCUAUAGAUUGCCGCGACUUGGGCAGAGUUAUGGAUGUGGAUGACGAUCCGGUUGUGGAAGAGAUUCCUGUGUUUCUUUCCAAAACGCUAGCGGAGAAUCUCUACCUGUUGCAGUAUCCGGUUAAGUCGUCGAAUUCUACGUUUGAUAACGGUCAAGUAGUGAAUAGUUGUGUGAAACCAAUUAAUCAGCAGAUCAAAGUGGAUUACGCUUUGAAUACGGCUUCAAAAAAUUAUGAUUCCUUCAAGGGGGAACAGUUUGCUAUUGCAGCAGAUGGGAAAGAUAGAGAGCGGCAGCAAAAGCCAACAUUCCGUAGUGGAACGAUGGAUAAGCAAUCCUUUCUCAGUUCUAAACCCAUUGAGGACGUCAACCGGUAUAUGGUAUGUGUGCUACAGGAUCGGGAAAUCCAUGCCACCCCAUUGAACGGCAUCGUUUCAAUGCGGCAAAUGUUUUCCUAUUUUGACAAGCAGGAUAAGCGAACGAAGGCCGAGCAGAAGGCGGAGCAAGAUGCGGAUGUGGAGGAAGAGGAAGCAAAACAGGUUACGGUCAAGUUCGCCCGUACGGAAAACGACAAAGUGCGUAAGGCUAGGGAAAAGUCUUUUAAUUACAUCUCGAAGAUGGAAUCGGAAGAGCCUUGGUGUGAAACGUUUUGGCAUGCUAAAAACUCUACAGCGGCGGAGUUGGAGCGGCAAAAGCUUUACUGCGGUAACGCCUCACGUGCCGGAGGGGAGAGUGUGCUGAAUGUCGAUUACGCGGAAUAUCUAGACUUGUUGAUCAGUAAGGAGAAAACCGAUAGGAAUAUAGAUUCUAUGCUGCCAAGUCGUGUUGUUUGCAUGCAUGAGCUGAAGCAAAUGACACUCGUCGAUCAGAUUAAGAUUAUUCUUAAGGAUGCAAAGGUGCUCACCUUUCAGCAAAUUAUGGACCUUCUACCAGACAGGAACCUUGCAGCGGAUAAAAUUUUGCGAACACUUCCGAUGGCUGGUGUACUGAUUCGAGGCAACUGGGUUGUCCAAUCAGAGAGCAUCUAUCCGGAGGGAAGCGUUUCUAGCAUAAACGGUGUUCCGGCAGAACAGAUGUGCAAAGCACGCGACUAUAUACUGUAUCGAUUCACCCAGUGUGAUAAGUUGGAACGACACCAGCUCGCGCUGAUAACCCAGCUUCCCACGGAGGAAAUACGGGAGAUACUCCUUUCGAUAGCGAAGCUGAAUAGCGAUCGAAGCUGGAGUAUGUUACUACCCCCAAACGAGGAGUUUACGGGCAACGAGCAGGAAAUUAGUGAUAGACAAAACGCUUUCUGGACAGCCAGGGCAGAUAAGUUUAACGAAAUGGAGAAAAGCAACAAGCGGGUGCGGAAACGGUCAGCGCGGUCCGAAAGCAAAUAUGACACAAAAAUGAGCAAUGGAUAGCGAGGUUAGUUUGCGUUUAGUUGUACUGAUAAGCGUAAUUAUUUAUAAUCGGAAAAAAAUAUAUUUAAGAAAGUUCGAGUCAUUUA